CUUUGUCCCCUAAAAUCAUUCUCUCGGGCUACCACCCUCUAACCUUGCAGCCGUCAUUCCUUCUUCUUCUUCAACCUCGCUGUUCUCAGUCUAUUUUUUCAGACAACCUCCCUAGACUGAGAUUCCUUAUUCAAGUAGCUGAGAAGUUCUCGACUCUCAAGAGCUGUAUCACAAUUCGAGCCUUAUAUUAUGAAGGAGAGCUUUUGACAUCACGUGAGAAGAUCUGCAAGGAUCAGGGAUACGUAAGGAGAAAGUAGCAAUAUGUGCUCAUCCACUCAUCCAAUGGAUUAUGAAAAAGUGUUUGAUAGACCUCAAGUUACUGUAGAUUCCACUUUAACCUCCCUUGAGCUGCAAGCAUGUCAUAAUGAAAUGAAAAGUAUUAUCUGGGUUCUUAGAAUUAGGUCUAUAUUUAAGCAUGAGGAUUUGAUGUCAUUUGGAACAGGCUUUUCUAUUGACAGUAAUGGCCUAAUUAUGACAAGUUCACACAUCCUUCAAAAUGGUUCUAUUAUUAGUAUUCAUGCCCGUAGGUUAAAUGAAAAUGAUUUUCCUUUUGAAUGUGAGAUAGUCAGCAAAAAACCUAAAUGGGAUUUAGCAUUGUUACAAGUUAAGGGUGUUUCUGAUUGUAGUUUUGGGAGAUUUGCAGCUGACGGGUCAAUAUUUGCUGGUCAAAACCUCUUGCAUGUUGGGCAUCCUGCUAAUUUUGUGGGGUCAUUUUUAAUCGGUAAGGCUGCUUUUCAAUGUGUUAAUGAUGUAGUUCUUCCCACAGGUACUCAAAUUUGCCAAAAUUACCAAUCAACUGCCUUGCACAAUACCCCUCGUUAUAGAGUAAUGGGAGAUAUUUGGAAUAUUGAUGAUUUUAAAAAGCACCCAUCUAAUGUGUCAUUUUCUUUUGAGAAAAGUCUUCACCCUUUAAUUCCUGUGAUACAAAUAUGUGGUCUUGUUUGUGGGGAGGGUUGUUCAGGUGGUCCUGUGUUUAAUAGUAAAGGAGAAAUUGUGGGAAUGGUGGCUUUGGGAGCAAAUGGGUUUCAGAUUGCAAUUCAUGUUAGCUUAUUGAAACAUUUUCUGAAAGAAAGAGAAGAAAAUAUGCAGAGUGGAAACAUAAAAAGUGGUGUGGCUUCUGAUGACAAGGGUGGUCGUUUGAAGAAAUUUAAAGGGCCUGCAUAGGAGUGAAGAGGAGAAAGGUUUGUCAAUUUGGUUUUUCUUUUUGCAACUCAUUGCGCUAUAUUUACAUGUUCAGUUGACUUUGGAUAAGGAAAUAUCGAAAAUAUUGUGUUAUGCAUCAUUAACUUAGAACAGUUGCAGGAGAAUUAACAUUUUAUGAUUUCCUUAACACUUAUACAAUUGGUGGGUAAAGAUA